AUGCAUUUUCAAAUCCGCACCUUCAACUCCCAAUCAGCUGAUUGGGAGUUGAUCUGUUUUCUCCCUGGACCUCCUACAUUACAGCCACGAGCGGGAGUAGACCAUGGACCGAGCCAUUUGAUCCAAGACGGGCUGAUCAAAAACAUCGAAUCCGUAGGCUACUCAACCGUCCUUGUCGAGCUGAACCUGUCCACGAUCUUGAAGAAAGACAACUUACUCAAAACCCCUCGGCUGGUCUCAAAGACAAAGAAAACCUUAAUGAAAAUAAUCGACUCUCACACGGCAAAUGGUGAAUUUGUCGUCACCAUCGGUGGCGACCAUUCUUUGGCCAUUGGUACUCUCAGCGGCACUUUGAAUGCUUUUCCGGAGGCUUGUGUGAUAUGGGUUGAUGCGCAUGCAGAUAUAAACACACCCAAAACGACUGAGUCAGGAAACAUGCACGGAUGUCCGGUAUCAUUUGUAUUGUCAACCUCGAAAGCGGGGACAUAUCUUGAGCCCUUCCAAUGGAUCAAACCGUGCCUGCAACCAGACCAAUUGGUUUACAUCAGCCUGAGGGAUAUCAAUAUGGGCAAACGGAAAAUCUUAAAAGAUCACAACAUUCGUUGUUUUAUGAUGCACGACGUUGAUAGACAUGAAAUCGGGAAAGUCGUGGAAAUGUGUUAG